AUGCCACCCACCACCCGGAAAGGAUCGUCAUCCCUGAAGCAACUGAGGGUUCAAUUGGACGAUUUGAAGUCUUCGUUCGAUGAUAUUUGGUCUUUCGUUCAGAAGUUUUCUGAUGAAACCACCGGUACACAGGUAGAAGUUCGAUUGGAGCGGAUCGAUGACUUGUGGGAGAGAUUUAGUGAGAAUUUGGUCGAGCUAAAAUCUCAUGAAGACUUCGAGGAUGAGGAGAAUUAUUAUGGGAAACUACGCAAGCAUUUGAGCGAUCGUUACUAUGAAACCAAAACCUUCCUGUUGGACAAAGGUAAGGCCCUUCGCGUUUCUUCUGAGUUGGAACAGUCCGCCCAUGAACAAUCAAUGUCAGGUGCUGUCGGUCAUGUCCGAUUACCGCAGAUCAAGCUCCAAUCAUUCAACGGUGACAUCGAUGACUGGUUGAGCUUCCGAGACCUGUUCACCUCGCUCAUCCACUGGAGGACCGAUUUACCAGAGGUGGAGAAAUUUCAUUAUUUGAAAGGGUGUCUUCAAGGUGAACCAAAAAGCCUCAUCGAUCCCUUGAAAAUUACCAAGGCCAAUUACCAGAUCGCUUGGGAUACGCUGGUAAAAAGGUACAACAACAACAAACUGCUGAAGAAGAAGCAGGUCCAAUCUUUCUUCAAGCUUCCGACACUCUCCAAGGAAUCUGUUGUUGAGUUGCGUACUCUGGUGGAAGGUUUUGACCGUGUCGUCCAAACGCUUGAUCAAAUCGUGGAACCUGCUGAGUACAAGAAUCUCCUCUUGGUGAAUCUGCUCACGAUGCGACUGGAUCCAUCAACUCGUCGAGCAUGGGAAGAAUAUUCAGCCAACAAGGAGAUGGAUUUACUGACAGACCUCACCGAAUUUCUGCGUCAGCGAAUCCAAGUACUGGAAUCCCUUCCGUCUAGGCAGACGGACACCAAGGUCAUUCAUCAGCAACAACCACCACCGAAACCGAAAGCAAUCAAGUCCAGCUACAAUUCGGUUCAAUCGUCAGGAGGAAGAUGUGUGGCUUGUAAGGACAACCACCUUCUAUACCAAUGUUCCGUAUUCCAAAAACUUUCUGUGGCGGAUCGGGAUUCCUUGCUGAAAUCCCAUGGACUUUGCCGGAAUUGCUUCCGAUCGGGGCAUCAGGCGAAGGAUUGCCAAUCCAAAUUUUCCUGUCGGAUCUGCAAGAGCCGUCACCACACCCUGGUUUGUUUCAAGCCGGAGAAGGAUAACACUGCAACGGUCGCAGCGGUUGCUGGGGGCAACCAUCCUUCAAAUUCCAAGGAUUCCCAAGGCUCCUCAGGUUCCAAUACAAUCCAAGUGGCUAACGUGGCAGCCACUGAUGUUUCGGUAUGCGGUACGGCUAAUCAACUCACGUCGCAAGUCCUAUUAGCGACAGCGGUAGUCAUCGUCGAGGACGACGCUGGUUCAAGGUACCACGCCCGUGCUCUUCUCGAUUCCGGUUCAGAGAGCAACUUCGUAUCGGAACGGUUAACCCAAAGGAUGAAGGUCAUCAGGAGUAAGGUCGACGUCUCGGUCCUUGGUAUAGGACAAGGGGCCACCAAGGUCAAGCAUACAGUCCAAGCGGUCAUACGUUCGCGAGUCUCGGAUUUCUCGCGAGAUAUGAGGUUCCUAGUGCUGCCCAAGGUAACUGCGAAUCUCCCUACAGCCUCAAUAAACACGGAAGGGUGGAUUCUACCGAACAGUAUUGAGCUAGCAGAUCCUGCAUUCUUCACGUCCAAGGAAGUUGACAUUGUGCUAGGCAUCGAGGCUUUCUUCGAAUUCUUCGAAUCGGGGCGAAGGAUUACAAUCGGCAAACAUCUACCAAGCCUUACAGACUCGGUGUUCGGUUGGGUAGUAUGUGGUGGCUGUUCAACUCCUAUCAAUUCCCUACAAGCCAACUGCCAUUUCUCAACGUCCGAGGACUUGGAAAAGUUGAUGGCACGUUUCUGGUCGUGCGAGGAGGUGGAAUUCACGGACGCCUAUUCUCUGGAGGAAAAGAAGUGUGAAGAAUUAUUUCAACGUGGAGUUCAAAGAGAUCCAGAAGGCCGUUACACUGUUCCCUUACCCAAAAACGAAGACGUUCUUCCAAAUCUGGGCGAGUCACGGGACAUCGCAUUCCGGCGUCUUCUCGGAACGGAACGGAGGUUGGCAAGGGAUGCCAACUUGCGGGAACAAUACGUCGCUUUCAUGGACGAUUACCUGAAAUUGGGACACAUGCGCAAGGUCGAAGAAUCUACAGAGGAACAGGUCAAACGGUGCUUUCUACCCCAUCAUCCGGUGGUCAAGGAGGCUAGUACCACCACCAAGGUCAGAGUGGUCUUCGACGCUUCGUGCAAGACGUCAUCCGGAGUGUCCUUAAAUGAUGUGCUUCUGGUAGGGCCAGUUGUGCAGGAAGAUUUGAGGUCAAUUAUCCUACGCAGUCGGACGAAGCAGAUUCUCCUCGUAUCGGACGUCGAGAAGAUGUUCCGACAAAUCCUUACGUGGCUCAAGGAUCGACCACUCCAGUCCAUAUUAUUUCGCUUUUCUCCGGACGAGGAAGUCGCAGUGUACGAACUGAACACCGUAACGUAUGGAACCAAAUCCGCACCAUUCCUGGCAACACGAACUCUCCGACAGCUGGCUGCUGACGAAGAAGAUCGAUUUCCGCUCGCGGCAAGAGCAAUUCGUGAGGACGUCUAUAUGGAUGACGUCAUCACCGGUACGGAUGAGGUGGAUGCAGCUAUCAGUCUCAGAAACCAGUUGACCGAGAUGAUGCUGUGUGGUGGUUUCAAGCUCCGAAAGUGGGCUUGCAAUGUUCCCGAAGUUCUGGAAGGCUUCACAGUUCCUCCGUUAGAAACUGAUGUUCCGUUGACGAAACGUCGAAUACUGUCACUGAUCGCUACGCUAUUCGACCCACUUGGCUUGAUUGGUGCCACGACUUCGUCAGCCAAGAUAUUUAUGCAACAGCUCUGGACGUUGCAAGACGAUAAUGGCAAUCGGUUGGACUGGGAUCAACCAGUACCUUCAAUGCUAUACGAAAAGGUCAAGGAUUCUACUCGGUUAGCGGUUCAGACUUUCUUCUGGACAGAUUCAACAUGUGUGCUACGUUGGAUCGAAUCUACGCCAGCAACAUGGACCACGUUCGUCGCCAACAGGGUGGCAAAAAUUCAAACGCUGACGGAGGGAUGGCAAUGGAGACACGUGCCUGGUAGAGACAACCCAGCGGACCUAAUAUCGCGUGGAGUGUCACCCGAAGACAUCGUCGACAAUGAACUUUGGUGGGAAGGUCCGAAUUGGCUGAAGGAAACUCGAGAAGCAUGGCCUGGUGCUGUCGAAGAAAACCCAGAAGCAGGAGAGGAAGAAAGGCGUCGCACCGUAGUUGCGUGUACCGUAUCAGCCGUAGCGGAAUUCAACGAGAUGUACCUCAGCAAGUUUGGAUCGUACUCUGACCUGGUUCGACGAACGGCAUACUGGCUCCGACUCAUGAAACUCCUACGAAUACCAACAGCAAGUCGUCCCGCAAACGAAUUCCUAACUACUGCAGAACUGAAGGCUGCUGAAAACGCUGUGCUCCGGAACGUCCAAAGAGAAGUCUUCGCAGAAGAAUGGAAGGCUUUAUCAAAGGGAGAGUUUGUAUCGAGGAAGUCACCGUUGAGGUGGUUUCAUCCGUUCAUCUGCAAGGAUGGACUAAUCAGAAUAGGAGGUCGACUGAAGAAUUCCGAAGAAUUGGAGAGCACCAAGCACCCUGUAGUUCUACCAGCACGGCAUCAGUUAACUCGGUUGAUUCUCCGUUAUUUUCACGAGCGAUUACUGCAUGCUGGCCCACAACUGCUACUGGGAGCAGUCCGGUUGCAAUUCUGGCCACUCGGUGGAAGAAAUGUAGCAAGGGAGGUAGUUCACCGUUGUGUGAAAUGCUUCCGAACGAAACCAUCUACAAUGCAGCAGUUCAUGGGUGAAUUGCCGUCAUCCCGAGUCACAAUUUCACGUCCGUUCACGAAAACAGGCGUAGACUACUUUGGCCCUAUCUACAUCCGACCAGUCCCCAGACGAGCUGCAGUGAAAGCCUACGUAUCGGUGUUCAUUUGCCUCUGUACCAAGGCGGUACAUCUGGAACUGGUAUCCGAUCUUUCAACGGAUCGCUUUCUGCAAGCCUUGCGACGGUUCGUUUCACGGAGAGGAAAGUGUUCGGACAUCUAUUCCGACAACGGUACGAACUUCGUUGGUGCCCGGAACAAGCUAGCAGAAUUAUACAGUUUGCUGAGCGAUCGUACCCAUCGUGACCGAGUCACGAGUGAACUGGCUAAGGACGGAAUUCAGUGGCACUUUAACCCACCUAGCGCGCCACAUUUCGGAGGACUCUGGGAGGCUGCAGUCCGGUCGGCUAAGAACCAUCUCAUCAAGGUGAUAGGAGAGACCCCAGCGUCAUCGGAAGAUUUCUCCACUCUACUUACACAGGUUGAGGCCUGUCUGAAUUCCCGUCCGUUGACAUCGAUGUCGGAUGAUCCAAACGAUUUGGAACCUUUGACACCAGCACAUUUUUUGGUCGGUUCUUCACUGCAGGCCCUUCCCGAUCCUGAAUUCACGUCAAUCGCACCGAAUCGACUGAACCGUUUCCAGCUGAUGCAACAAAAAUUGCAGCACUUUUGGAUCAGGUGGCGCCGCGAAUACCUGAGUCAACUGCAAGCUAGGACCAAGCGAUGGAAACCGGCAGUUCAUGUGGAGAUAGGCAAGCUCGUCGUCAUCAAGGAGGAUAACCUUCCGCCUAUGCGUUGGAAAAUGGGAAGAAUCGUCGCUGUACACCCGGGAGCAGAUACCGUA